GCCAUUUCUAAAUACCCUAGAUUUGCCAAAAUACUGGUUCUCCCAUGUGGGAUCUAAAGAGAAGAGUCUUCAGUUGUUUGCUCUCCUAUAAGUAUUGCCUCUUAUGUCACAGGACUAGCUGCCACAACAUCUUCUGCCGAUUUAGAUAUCGGAUUUACGUCACACGAAAAGAUUCACUAUAAGAUUCACUAUUACUUGUUACUGACGAAAUCAUGCCUUCCUUUACUACAAAACCUCAUCCCGUUGUAAUUGUUGGGGCAGGCCCGGUUGGUCUGAUCACGGCGGUAAACUUAGCAAAACUCAAUGUGCCAGUGCUGGUCCUGGAGAAAAGCCAUCAGGUCGACCAAUCUCCCCGCGCGGCUGUUUACCAGCCUUGUGCACAGGCGGAGCUCCUCGAGUCUGGCACACUUGACGAUGUCCGGAAGGAGUCUGUUCUCAAUGAUGUCAUGACCUUCUGGAAGAACAAGAAAAGGGUCGCUUCUGUCGAGAAGACUGGAGGUGUCGACAUAUUCCCCGCCGGACUUAAUUGUCCGCAGCCCAAGCUAGCCAAAAUCUUGGUCGACCAUCUCCUCAACAAGUACAAUGCCGAGAUCAAGUUCUGCCAAAAGGUCAUUAAUAUCAACUACGACACUGGAGAUAAUACAGUCGAAGUCGUGGCUUUGGACACGAAUACAAACCUCGAGACCAGAUACACGUGCAACUGGCUGGUUGGGGCUGAUGGCGCUGGGUCAGCCGUCCGCAGACUCUCUCACAUCACAUUUGACGGCUUCUCUUGGCCCAAGGAAGACUUCGUCGCAACCAACGUACGCUUUGAUUUCAUGAAACAUGGCUUUUCAACCGCCAACUUUAUCAUGGACCCAGUGCACUGGUCUGUCGUAUGCAUUCUGGACGAUGAUGGCCUUUGGCGUUGUGCCUUUGGUGUUAAGGCGGGAAUGACAAACGAUGAGAUUAGGGCCGAGAUUGAUGAGCACUAUAAGCACAUUUUCCCAGUCUGGCCUGUCGAAUACGAGCUGGUGGAGCUAAACAAGUAUAAGCCUCAUCAGAGAUGUGCCUCGACAUUCAAGAAAGGGAGAGUUUUGCUGGCGGGAGAUGCAGCUCAUAGCAAUAACCCUAUCGGUGGACUGGGCUUAACUACAGGUCUUUUAGACGCCGGACCACUAGGUCGCGCCCUUGGUGCCGUGAUCAACGGUCGAGCACCAGAAGGUCUUCUUGACAAGUGGGCAAAUGCGCGUCGCGACAAGUGGCUCACUUUCACGAAUGCCUUCUCCAUUGAGAAUAAGAGAAUGAUCCAGAUGGCGGGAUACAGCGAAGACCCUCUUGGUAUAUGGGCUGAUGACGACGUGGCGAAGGAACAUAACAUGGAGCAGUGGGUGAGAACGGCAACUCCGGCCAAGAGAGAGGAGGACACUCAGUUCUAUGAGUCGCUUUCGGACCCUCAUAACCAGGAUCUGUUCCAUGUGAGGCAAUGGAGCAUUACGCUUGAUCCUCGGUGGAUGGAGGAGUAUGAGGAUCCAGAGGUGGUAAGUUACAGAAUCUCGCUUCGGCCAGAUAGAUUUUGAAAGAAAGUGUAUCAUGCUUCUGUUAUCGAGCGCUAGUCUCAUCCGAACACCAGUCGGGGCCUGCGCCACUCGGAAUCACCGG